GUUGUAUUAAUUAAAAAAAAAAAAGCUUGGCGGAAAAUAUGUAUGCGUUUUUCCUAAAUAUUUCAGUGCGUUCACAGUCCCCCUCUAGUGGCCAGUCAGCGAAGUGCUGCUCUGCGCUCACUCUAGCGGCGGGCGUGAGAAUGUCUCCCGCUUACAGGCUUCUCGCUACACGCUCUGCAUCUGUAUUUGUCAGACUCAAAUCCAAGGGAGACAAACGAGGCGCCAUCUUUCGUGCGUUUCUCCCUGCAUCGAAGAGAAAAUGAUCUCGAAACCGGUGGUCCAUGCCACCUCCAAUCUGUAAAUAAAGGCGUAUAUGAAAAGAACUCGUAUCUGAGCAAAACAUCGAUUCAUAAUAUAAAGAAAAAUAUACAUUUGCUAUCCAUAAUCCACUGAAGGGGACAGCAGCAGCAAGGUGUUGUCUAGUAUCGCCCAUUUCGUGAUUCCGGAGCCGAUAGCGAAAAGGGUUCCUGAAACCGGGGUGUUUUUCACGAAGCGGACACGGAUAUGGCAAAGGCGGCGGGGUUGCUUUACCAAACGGCUUAUUUCGUGCUUUGGUGACAUUAUUGUGAUACUGAAGCCAAAGGUCGGUGGAAUAGUUACCGAAAUUCCCUCGGAUUGCGCGCCCGUCACGUGCCAGGCUGUGUAGUUGGGCUGGAGUGAAGGUUUGGAGGUGCAGGCUGCCGUGCCCAUUCCUCGGCCCUGCAUGGCUGCGAUGGCGCCCGCUUUGACCGACACCCCAGCCGAAGCCCGCCACAUCCGCUUCAAACUCGCCUCUCCCUCAUCCACCCUGUCCCCCGGCAGCACCGAGAACAACAGCAACGCCAGCAACAUCCUCAUCUCCGACUCGGUCUCGGACUCUGCCGGUAGCCACACCAACGGCAAGUGUCACGUCAGCGCCGACGACAGACAGAGCUUCGCCCAUUACCACAGCGUCAAGGGUCAGGAGCAGGAACCCCUGUCUAAUGCCCCAUCUCUGGGCAAGCUGGCAACGUACUUGUGCUCUGAUGUCAAACCAUUGCCCUCGUCCACCAAAGUCAAGGAGUCACUGAAGCUGCAAGGUGUCCUCAUCAAGCAGUCGGUGCUGAAGAGCCACGGCCUGCUGAGCGGCUCCAUAUUCCCGAGUGCUGCUGCAGGCAGCGACUUCCUGCUGCGCAAGCGGCACACACUUGAGCUAACCAGAGGUCAGUUGAAGAGCCUUGUCAACGGUGCCGGAGCUGGAAGUACCAUGGUGCCUGUGAACGGACUCUCCAAGAAAGUGGCUGUACCUAGUGCGGCCGUGGCUGAGAAAGGCAGCGUGGCCACAGUGAAUGGAGACAGCAACCAGCCUUCCACCAAUGGGGAAGCGUUGUUAUCCGUGUCCUCCAAGUCUGUCGGUACCUUUGCAACUGGCGACGUGAAGCCACAACAGAAUUUGACACCAAGCGUUCAAGGCGUGUCAUCACAUAGGGAGCUCACGGCUUUGUCUGAAAGUAUGGAGGUUAAAGCAGAACCGGAGAGUCCCGUUGUUGAAACAAACAGUAACAAUAUCGUAGACUGUCCCUUGUCCCGUAACUCUUCCCCAGUCCAUGAUGAUUCAUCCCUUUCGACCCCCAACCUGGAGGCUCUGCUCCGGGAUCGGGCUCAGCAGAGCCAACACAGGCAAACGGACAUCGAAGGCCGCCUGCUGCGUCUUCGCAAGCGGCUGCAGGUGGUGCAGGCCAAGCAGGUGCAACGGCAUUUCAAACAGCAACUCACUGGUUUUCUGGACCGCACUCUGACACCAACAUCUAGCCGUAGGGCGGACCAAGGGGCGUGGAGAGGCACUCGCGCUUCCGUGGACACCCACGCGCAUAAUCUGAGUCAGUUUUUGAAGGGUGGUAGGGUGGCUUCAGAACUGGAGCAACUGCAUCUGAGCGGCACCACGUAUUUGCGAGCGACGGAGGCUCAGUUUGACUCGGACGCCACUGAGAGCAGUUCGGGAGGAGAGAGUGACAUCGAGGAGGAGGAGCUGGGCAGGGCGGAUGUUGAGCAGCGUCAUAUUAAACUCAUCCAGGGUCCUGUGGAGCUGGGAGACUCCGCCCAUUCCUGCCAGAGAACCGUAAAUAUGACGGAGACUAAUGAGAAUGUCCCGACCUCAGAAACAUCCCAGAAUUUCCCAGAAUCCCAGUCCCAGAACGACAUCUCCAUUAGUAGUGUGGCAGAAGUGUCUGACACAUGCUUGUCAAGUCUGGACAGCAGCUGUACAUCCGCACGAACACGCCCACUGCUGACCUGCAGGAGACGACGUCUUAUCCACCCGAACACUGUCCACAAUCUCAACGGCAAGUUUCAGAGAGUGUCUUUCUCACCUCCAAGCGUGUGCGAGGUCAACGGCUCGUGUAUCAUGUGUGGCAGUACUCCUCCCCUCUCCAAACCAGACUUACCGUUUAAUCGCCCUCUGCUGGAGAGAGUUGCACAUCAAGACCGCAGCAUCCACCCUGUUCUUUCCAUGCAGUCGGAUGUGGCUCUCAGCUUACAGUUGAAGAAGGUCUUGAGAUCUCAUUGGCAGACUCGUCCGUUUGACAGGAUCAAAUCGCUGAAGAAGAUCUCUCUCAAACACAAGCUCUCCAUCACACCUGCCUCCUCCUUCCUCUCUAAACACAAAUUCAGACUGUCAAACUCGCAUGCAGCUGCUGUCCGGUUGGCCCAUCACAAGAGCAGGUCGCAGAGGCUGCACAGGCUGCAGGUGGACAACAUCUCAUGUGUCCCAAAGCUGGACACACUCACACCCUGCAGGCCGGAUCGUGUACUGCACCAGAGUCACAGCAGGAAGAGGGUCAGAGAGCAUUCACUGGACAGAGCAGACUCACCAAAAGUGGUGAUGGAUGCAUGUCCAAGUCCAUGUGCGUCUCUGUCCAGCCUUCACUCCUCCAACACCAGUCCCUUGACCAGACAGCUCUCCCUCCCCGUUGAGAGCAGCACUCCUCUGGGAAACAGCGUGCCCGUUCGGAGAAGAAGAGGCGAGAGUCCGUUUGAUAUCAACAACAUCGUCAUUCCAAUGUCAGUGGCCGCCACCACCAGAGUGGAGAAGCUUCAGUACAAAGAAAUUCUCACACCCAGAUGGAGGGAAGUGGACAUUUUAGCCAAACCACUGGCAGAGGAAGACAGUAACAUUCCGGUGGAGGACCUUUCAGAAGGAGCGUUCGCUAAACUCCACCAGACGUUAGAGGAUCAGGAGCGCUCUCGCUGGCGAUGGACGGCUCUCGCACCCGCCAAGAGGAGAGGCAGCAGGUCCUAUAAAUCCCUGGACGGGCGAACGACACCUUCAAUAGUGGGAACGAACCCUUCGACGCCUCAGCCCUCAUCCCCAGACGCAAGUCACUUCCACCUCCUGCAGGACUACGGACCGGUGCCGUCACCCCUGAGCCCACCCAGCCCUGACACGCCGUGCUCCCGCGACGCACACACACCUCACACCAGAGACGCACACAGACUGCUGUACAGCGAAGACACGUGCGGCUCCACUUCAGACUGCACCUUUGAGGAGAUGACGGUCCAGCCCUGGGAACCCAGGAGUUUUCCUUUACCUGAGGACCCGAUAGUGGAGCCCGAGACAGACAAGAGUCAACCGAGCUUUCCUACAGGCUUCAGAGCCGACGCCCACUGCAGGGCGGAGUCAGAGAGCGACGCUUCCUCGCCGUGACGAUUAACCGAUUAACGACCUUAAAACCACACCUCCUAUGGCAUUAAUUGAGAAGAAAACUCAUACUAAUCAAAA